CGAGGCCGCCGCCGUUGUCACCCGCUGUCCUUGUCAGGCGCUGUCGCUGUCACCCUUCUCCAGGUGUCACCCGCUGUCGUGCCGCGGAGCGCCAAAGCUCCUAGCGCGUCACCUGCCUCGACCCCCCCCCGCACCGUGCGGGGAGAUGGUACAGCCCGGCGGGCAGGCCGGGGCUCUGAGCGCCCCCUGGCGGCGCUGGCGGGGCGGCGGCUCCGCGCUCCCCCCGCGGCCGCUCGGCGCUGGGAGAGCCCCGGGAUGCACCCGGAGAGCCCCGGGAAGCACCGGGAGAGCCCCGGGAUGCACCAGGAGAGCCCCGGGAAGCACCGGGAGAGCCCCGGGAUGCACCAGGAGAGCCCCGGGAAGCACCAGGAGAGCCCCGGGAAGCACCGGGAGAGCCCCGGGAUGCACCAGGAGAGCCCCGGGAAGCACCGGGAGAGCCCCGGGAUGCACCAGGAGAACCCCGGGAUGCACCCGGAGAGCCCCGGGAUGCACCGGGAGAGCCCCGAGAAGCACCGGAGCAUUGGCAUCGCGGCCGAGCCGCUCCCUUCUCCCGCCGGUGGUCUGGAAAUAAGGACAACAUCAGCUGUCCCCGCCCCGCCGGGACCUGCCCUGCAGGCAGAAAAUCGUGGUUGUUCAAAGCAGCUGGGGGAAAAAAAAUCAAGGGAAAUGCAUUUAUUUAGUUGUUCAAGGUGAAAGAAGAGAAACUGUUCAGAUUUGGAUGGAUACUGUUUCAGCAAGGAUCGCCGAUAAGUUACAUUAAGUAUUAAGUAACACAUUAAAUAUUAAGUUACAUUACAUUAAGUACAAUAAGUGCAUUAACUGUUACAUCAGUAUGCUGGUUUCUUUUCUUGAUACCUGCCUUUCCCCUUCCUAACUAGAUUUUAGGAAUAUCUUUCUAAGCUGCACCAAUUCAAGGUUCAAUUCCUAAAUUUUAGAAUUAUUCUUGGAAAUGCAAGUCAGAGCUUCUGAGCAUGUGCCUGACUGAGCAAAGAACUUGGAUUUUUGGUGAUUUCCUUAAGACAUGACAUUUAUGUCCUAAAGUACGGUGUGUUACUUAGGAUGGUUUCCAGUUAUUUUCUCAGGGGCUGGGACUGGAUGAUCUUUAAGGUCCCUUCCAACCCAAAUAUUCUGUGAUUCCAUGAUUCUCCUUCAAUGGUAGUGACAUGCCAUGAAAAGAAGACCAGUAAAUCACGUGUAAAAGUUUUGUGCAGACCGUGAUUAUUUCAUUAUUAUUUCAUCCUUUUCUAACCCUUAAACUUGACACUCAGCAAGUUUGCCAAAAUCUGAGAGCAACAAAACAAUUCCCACACAACAGAGCUGGGAGAGAAGCGGGAAGGCAGUUAAAAAAAGAGAAAGGAAAUAAAUAAUUGAUAAAUUUGUGUUGAACAAUGCAUGCCCUGUGCAGAGCCCCAGCCUGGCACAGUCUGGCUUGAGCCUGCUGCCAGCAAACAGCCCUCCCCUGGCACUCUGCCCUGUCCCAGCUCUCUUCCCAGUGCACAUUCCCUCUUCUAGGGGCAGCAGGGAAUGGGUGCAGCUCCUCCUGGACACGCUCCUUCCUGACCAAUAUGUUCUGCCUCUUGUUCCCACCUCCAACAGCUGCUUCUCCUUCCCCGAGUCCCACACCACAGCUGCAAAGGUGGGGAAAACAUUUGUCCCCUGUCCUUCCUUCUGCUCAUCCCACGGGAAGCUGUUUAUCAUCAACACCUCCAUGAGAGAUGACAGUGACUCUCCAGCCACCACCUCCCACUUUGCUUCCUCACCCUGACACAGAGGAAGUUGGUUUAACAAAGAGCUUAAUUUAAGAAUUUGAAAUGCACAGAACCGUCACAGAAUGGUUUGGGAUGGAA